AUGAGGCCAGCCAUCCAUCGGUUCCUCUCCAGCCAAUCAGGAGCGUCUGUGGCGGGUCAUGUGAUGCUCAGGGCUCUGAUUGGAGCGUUGGGCGGUGCGGUCCUCUUCCUGGGCGUGGUCCUCAGCCUCCCGCUGACCUUUGACCUGCAGCUGGCGGCGGGGUGCGGCUGCGUGGUGGCGUGCGCGGUGGGGGGGGCGGUGUCCCUGUCCUUCAGGUGCUCGGUCCUGCUGAUGUUUCCCAGCAUGCUCGGCGGCCGGGGGCGGGCCUACCUGCUGCUGCUGCUGCUCACGCUGCUGCAGGCCGGACCGCUCGCCAACAUCCAGAGAAACAUGGAGGCCGCCGCCGCCUCGCUCAGCUGCAACCUGGACCUGCAGGUGCAGCACAGCCGGCUGCUGUGGCGGCAGGCCGUGGGCCCGUUCCUGCUCAUCUCGCAGCAGCUGACGGAGCAGCAGGCGGAGCUGCAGGCGGAGGCUCGCAGCGUCGACAGGAAGUUCCGGACCAUCAGAGACGAGGUCGUGCUUCAGUACGGCUACGACCGCUUUGCCCCGAAACGCGCCGCCGUCGCCGCCGGCAACAGCACGCAGCAGCAGUUCACCGCCAAGACCGUCAUGCAGUGCGACGGCGUGGUGGAGCAGGGCGUGAAGCGCUGCGCCGAGUGGUUCGGCCUGAAGUGGGCGGAGUGCAUGGAGGCGAUCCCCGUGCCCGUCAUCAACCACUUCCUGUGCGUCUCCAUGAAGUUCCACUUCCUGUGUGAUGUCAUGAGGGUGAUGACGCCGUGGUGCCGGCGGCAGCUUCCUGUGGAGGGAAACUUCGGCCAGCUGUUCGACCGGCUCAACGCGUCGGUGGAUCUGCUGUCCCGAGAGUUCAGCAGCGAGGUCGAGGUGGAGCAGCAGCAGCAGCAGAUGGUGUUGGAUCAGAACUUCACGGAGACCGUCAGCGGCUCCUUCGUCCGUGUGUCGGCGGCGGCGCAGCAGCUGCUGGACGUCCUGCAGCUGCUGCGCUGCUUCACCUGCGUCACCGUGUUCACGCAGGCGCUCGGCUACCUGCUGCGCUACAGGAAGGACCUCGGCUUCGACAACGUCUACGUCACCGCCUCCUUCCGGCGGAUGGACGCCCGGCGGAGGAGGGCGGGGCGGCGCUGCCUGCUGCCGCUGAGCCCGGCGGACAGGCGGAGGCUGGUGGAGCCGUGCGGUCCGGCCGUCCUGUCCCGCGAGCUGCGCCAGGUGAGCUCGGGUGCGCUGCAGGUGCUGACGGCGUCGCUGCUGAGCGCCGCCCUGCUGGCCGUCGACGUCUGUCUGUUCCGCGUGCUGGACGCCGUCGGCAGGCACGCCUUCACCCGGCUCCGCCUGGACGCGGCUCACCGGGUGGAGGUGAGCGUGGGCGGAGCCUCCAUGAUGGCUCGCCUGCUCAGGAAGACGGUGGCGGCGUUCAACAGCUCGUCCAGCCUCCACGUGGACAGCGACACCCGUGUGUGCACGCGGCCGCCCUCGCUGCUCCCCGCCGGUGUGUACGUGAGCUGUGCGAGCGUCCUGCUGCUGGCGGCGCUGCUCUGCCUCCUGCAGGUCUACACCAACCGCCUCCGCAGGCUCAUCGCCGCCUGCUUCCACCCGGACACGGAGCAGAGGAGAGUCCUGUUCCUCUACACGCUGCAGAUGCACAGGAGGCGCACCGCACACAGGAAACGCAUCAUCGGUCAGAGGUGCGGCCAUCUUUGUUGUGGUCGCCGACAGGAAGUGUCCGACUGA